UUGGUGUCCUCAGAUCGGUAAUUUUAAUUGGUAAUGCAGUAGCCAUUGGGUGGCUUAUAAACCCAGUGUAGAAGGCUCCUUGGAUUUGGUCCUAGGUUUAGUUUACGAUUGUGUUAAAAGUUUUUUGCCGCACCCUGAAAUGUACCCAAGUAUGAGUUUCAUCCUCCCACAGCUUAUCUACUUCCCUUCUGGUAUAAACUGUGAGCCUUUGACUUAAAUGGAUACUGGCAGGUUGACACAGUCUUCUGAUACUAAAUUUGCUCUAAGUUUUAUGAUUGGUUUCUAUUGCAUUCUUGUAUUGUAAUAAUUUUCCCCCGCUCUCCUUUGCUACUCUACAACAGAGGGAAGAAACUUUGAUCACACUAGGCACUGGCAGAUAGAGACAAAACCCAUGAAAAUAUACUAAUUCAAUUUGCUUUACAUGCAGUGUCAACUGAGGCUGUGAUAGAUUUAAAAAAAGUGUGUUUAAUCUUGUUAACAUGGUAUCUCAGAUCUUAACGCUUUGAGGAAGUUAACUAAAGACUUAACUAGUGACUAGCUUGCAUGUGAGUACUUUUUCAAGCCUCUAUUAAUUUCUUCCUUAAAAUUGUUUCUGAAGCUCUUAAUUUGUCCAUAUAAAUUAUCUUCUCCACAUCUGUUGGGAGUCUAUACCUGUCUUUAUGCUUUCUCCCUUGCUUUUCUUUUUAGAAGAUAGCCUAAAGCUUUCCUCACUCCUUUCUUUGUGUAGGAAUUUUAAAUUGGCUGAAAUUGUGCUGUAGGGGAAAAGUAUUUCACUAUUAACAAAAAUUAUAUGUUCAUGAUGUAAAGGAAAUGACAAAACUGUUUUAGCUUAGAUCCAAUACGGAAAUAUGUUUUUAAUUUAGUUUAGAAUAAAAAUAUCCCUUACCUGUUUCCAGAUAAUAUCAAUUUUCAGAUAGAAAUUGGGGAUGUGUGUCCUAAGUAUGCCAAGAGUGACAAUCAUUAACAUCUGAACUUUAAGCCUAUAGUGAAAACAAUGAAAAAUGUGGCUUGUAUGGCUAUUGGCUAGUUCUAGAAAUGGUGGUAGGAAUAUGUUUAUCUUCACAUUAUAUAAAAAUACAUAAUACAUAAAUGGUUGCAUUCCAUCUCAGGACUCUGUGAAGUACAUAACCACAGUCAUGAAUAAAUGUCACUAAAAUUGUGAAGAUUAAUUAUGGCACUAACUUAUGUAUGCUUUAGGGAACACUUUUUUUUUUUUUUUUUUACCUGGACAAGCAGCUGGAAGGCUGAGCCACUUGGAGCACCUCCAUUUGCAACCUCAGAAAGCUACUUGAGAUUUCUUUCUGCCCUGUCAGAAAGUCGAAGUACACCUAAAAGGAUACUGCACCGAAUGAUCAAUUACAUCUCAUACAUAUUUAUUUGACUUCCGUAGGGCCCCCAGCAAGUCUUUUCCAGCCACCGCGUCGCCCAGGCCUGGGAACUGUUGGGAAACCCAUCCGCCUCCUAGCCAAUCAUUUUCAGGUUCAGAUCCCCAAGAUUGAUGUUUAUCACUAUGAUGUAGAUAUCAAACCAGAAAAACGCCCCCGAAGAGUGAACAGAGAGGUGGUGGAUACUAUGGUGAGACACUUCAAGAUGCAGAUAUUUGGAGAUCGGCAACCUGGAUAUGAUGGGAAACGCAACAUGUAUACUGCACACCCAUUACCUAUUGGCCGGGAUAGAGUGGAUAUGGAGGUGACACUUCCAGGAGAGGGGAAGGACCAGACAUUUAAAGUAUCCAUUCAGUGGGUAUCAGUCGUCAGCCUUCAGUUGCUGCUGGAAGCUCUGGCAGGGCACUUGAAUGAAGUUCCUGAAGAUUCUGUACAGGCGCUUGACGUAAUCACACGGCACCUUCCCUCCAUGAGGUACACUCCUGUGGGUCGCUCCUUUUUCUCCCCCCCUGAAGGUUAUUACCACCCUCUGGGUGGUGGCAGGGAGGUCUGGUUUGGUUUCCACCAGUCGGUCAGGCCUGCCAUGUGGAACAUGAUGCUCAACAUUGAUGUGUCAGCAACUGCUUUCUAUCGUGCCCAGCCUAUCAUUGAGUUCAUGUGCGAGGUCUUGGACAUUCAGAACAUAAAUGAACAAACUAAGCCUCUUACGGACUCGCAGCGUGUCAAGUUUACCAAAGAAAUCAGAGGUCUAAAAGUAGAGGUUACCCACUGUGGCCAGAUGAAGAGAAAAUACCGAGUUUGCAAUGUUACUCGGCGACCAGCCAGUCAUCAGACGUUUCCUCUGCAGCUGGAAAAUGGGCAGGCUAUGGAGUGUACAGUAGCUCAGUAUUUUAAGCAGAAGUACAGUCUGCAGCUAAAAUAUCCUCACCUUCCCUGUCUCCAAGUAGGACAGGAGCAGAAACACACAUACUUACCACUUGAGGUGUGUAACAUAGUGGCAGGCCAGAGAUGUAUAAAGAAGCUAACGGACAAUCAGACAUCGACUAUGAUAAAAGCAACUGCAAGAUCAGCACCGGACCGACAGGAAGAAAUCAGCAGACUAGUGAAAAGUAACAGUAUGGUUGGUGGACCUGAUCCAUAUCUGAAGGAGUUUGGUAUUGUUGUCCAUAAUGAAAUGACGGAGUUGACAGGCAGAGUUUUGCCAGCACCAAUGCUGCAAUAUGGAGGCAGGAACAAGACUGUGGCCACACCAAACCAAGGUGUGUGGGACAUGAGAGGGAAACAGUUCUAUGCUGGCAUUGAGAUUAAAGUUUGGGCUGUUGCCUGUUUUGCUCCUCAAAAACAAUGCAGGGAAGACUUACUAAAGAGUUUUACUGACCAGCUGCGCAAGAUCUCGAAGGAUGCAGGGAUGCCGAUCCAAGGCCAGCCCUGUUUCUGCAAAUACGCCCAGGGUGCAGACAGCGUGGAGCCCAUGUUUAAACACUUAAAACUGACUUACGUUGGUCUGCAGCUGAUCGUGGUGAUUCUACCUGGAAAGACGCCUGUUUACGCUGAAGUAAAGCGAGUUGGUGACACUCUUCUAGGAAUGGCCACUCAGUGUGUUCAGGUAAAGAAUGUGGUAAAAACCUCACCACAAACACUGUCCAACCUGUGUCUGAAGAUAAAUGCAAAGCUUGGAGGAAUCAACAAUGUGCUGGUACCUCAUCAAAGGCCAUCGGUGUUCCAGCAGCCAGUGAUCUUUUUGGGAGCAGAUGUCACUCACCCUCCUGCUGGGGAUGGAAAGAAGCCAUCCAUUGCUGCUGUGGUAGGCAGUAUGGACGGCCAUCCUAGCCGUUACUGUGCUACGGUGCGUGUGCAGACCUCCCGCCAGGAGACCUCCCAGGAGUUGCUGUACAGUCAGGAGGUGAUACAGGACCUGACUAAUAUGGUGCGAGAACUAUUGAUCCAGUUUUACAAAUCCACUCGUUUCAAGCCCACAAGGAUCAUUUACUACCGAGGGGGAGUAUCAGAAGGACAGAUGAAGCAGGUAGCUUGGCCAGAACUGAUAGCAAUCCGGAAGGCCUGUAUUAGUUUGGAAGAAGAUUAUAGACCAGGAAUAACCUACAUUGUCGUGCAGAAAAGGCAUCACACCAGACUAUUCUGUGCUGACAAAACUGAAAGGGUGGGUAAGAGCGGCAACGUACCAGCAGGCACUACUGUGGACAGCACGAUCACACAUCCUUCUGAAUUUGACUUUUACCUCUGUAGCCAUGCAGGAAUUCAGGGAACCAGCCGGCCCUCCCACUACCAGGUCUUGUGGGACGACAACUGUUUUACCGCAGACGAACUACAGCUUUUGACGUAUCAGCUGUGUCACACGUACGUCCGGUGUACGCGAUCAGUCUCUAUUCCAGCUCCUGCAUACUAUGCCAGGCUGGUAGCGUUUAGGGCCAGAUACCAUCUUGUGGACAAGGAUCAUGACAGUGCUGAAGGCAGCCAUGUGUCAGGACAGAGCAAUGGCCGCGAUCCUCAGGCUCUGGCAAAGGCAGUGCAGAUCCACCAUGAUACUCAGCAUACGAUGUAUUUUGCUUGAGAGCAUCUGGGAAGAUGAGGCAAAACCAACAACCCAUGCAGUCCUGAAAUGUUUUGAAUGCCUACUGCUAUAGCUAGGGCCCAGUUUAUUUCAGACUGCCCACUACCAGCAGCUCUGAACAGUCGCACUGAAUCUGUACUUCACAGCAAUGUCUGAUGCACCAACACAAUUGAGCCAUUUGUUUCAUUGUUUUAUGUCAUAGAAAUUCAUAGACUGUCUUUUCUGAUGCAUUGGACUGAAUUUUUACCUCAAAGCGCAAAAGGCCGAUCAUCCUGAAAUUUUUAAAGGACUUGGCACGAAAGGUUUCUAUUGAAUAUUUUGCUAGCUGUUGUUUUUAAGUUAUCUUCUCAUCCCAUUAGUUUAUCAUGAUGACUGAUUCCCUGUCUUCAUGCACUGCUUAGUGAGUGUGCAUAUUAUGGCAAAAUGUUUUACUCCAGUUAAAUGUAAUUGUUCUAUUGUGUGGGGCCAUAGAUUUUUUAACGGAGAUUUUAGACUUCACUACUGUAAAUGCCUUUUAACAAACAUAACUUUCACAGGUAUUGCAGUUUUUUGUCAGUUUUACUAAUUAUCUUUUUAAUCUCUGCAGACUUCGGCUGCAAAGCAAUUGCACUAUACUGCGAGUUCAAAUAGGUGGUUCUUGUUCUGUGAAUGUGUAAUAUAACCAGAUAGUGAUGCCUGUCAGUACAUUUUAAUUAUAAUGGUUACAAAUAAUACUGCCAUGGUAUCGUAACAAGUACUGAACCAUCAUUUUCCCCCUCUAAAAAUGAUAAAAACAAAA